GAGAUGUCUCUUAGUCCUUAUUUAAAUUUAUAGGAAACAAACUUGUGGUUAAAAAUAGUGAAGCUCAACAAGCACAAAUACGCAUCACAUGAGUGACAUUUUUGCUUCAUCAGAUUAGUUAGCUUUUGUUUUUAGAAAGGAGAGGCAGCUGUUUUUGAGGCCACUGUUCAAAAAGCAGAACUAAAGCAACGAGAUGGGAAAAGCCAGUCCGCUGGAGGUUCGGAAGCUCGGUGGCUUAGGAGCAUUUUCACUGUCGCAGGGGAAAGGAGGGGGCGUUGCAAAACAAGUCUGAAGUAAAAAGUUGGGUUUUCGAGGACAGCAACGCGGGGAGCAGGCCAGGUUUGCAGUCUGGCAGGCGGGUAAAGACCCGCACGCUGCGUGGGCUCCGAGGUUGCAGGAGGCUGGGGGCGGGGGAAGCUGCAUCUAGGUCAGCGAAGGGCAAAGGAAGCCGGACACUGACGCGGGUCGCCUCCCGAUCUCGGUUCCAAAGCAUCUAGUGGGAAACCGAGUCCAGAUCUAAGGCCGAUCUUCAGCUGUCUCCGUCAUCCUAGAACCCUCUCAAGCACUUCCGGUUGGAAGCCCGGCGCCCCCCGCUCAGACCCUGCAGCGCAGCGCGCAGGCGCCUCCGGACAAGGGAGGCCGCGGACGCGGAGGGAGGGGGCGUGAGAGCCGUAGGAAAGCCUCCUCUGCGCCUGCGCGGCCUGCUCACUCCCAGGUCCGUGAAACUAAUCUGAAGCCGGCGUCGCUUACUCCCGGGACUCCGGGUCGGGGCUGCUCUUCACGCCUCAGCGCCGCGUCGCGUCGAGUCCCCAGAGAGCUCCGCGCGGGUGUGGGGAGGUACACAAGAAUUAAAUUCUGAAUAAGCCUACAAGUAGGAUGGAUAGUUAUUUUAAAGCAGCAGUCAGUGACUUGGACAAACUCCUUGAUGAUUUUGAACAGAAUCCAGAUGAACAAGAUUAUCUCCAAGAUGCACAAAAUGCAUAUGAUUCUAACUGUUCGGUUUCUUCAGAGUUGGCUUCCUCACAAUUAACUUCACCGCUACCAAAGGAUCAACAGUGCAUUAAUUGUCGUGCCUCAUCAGAAACAUGCUAUGAAACAAAUCAUAUUUCAGUGAACGAAAAAGCACGUGAGGGACUAACUUCUAUACAAAAUGAAAAAAAUGUCACAGGACUUGAUCUCCUUUCUUCUGUGGAUGGUGGCACCUCCGAUGAAAUCCAGCCUUUAUAUAUGGGACGGUGUAGUAAACCUGUCUGUGAUCUGAUAAGCGACAUGGGUAACUUAGUUCAUGUAACUAAUAAUGAAGAAGAUAUUAAAAAAUUAUUGCCAGAUGACUUUAAGUCUAGUACAGACUCUUUGAUUGGAUUGGAUCUAUCUUCAGUGUCAGAAACUGUUUGUGUUUCUUCAACAGACCAAGGUAAUAAUACUGUCAGAGAGGAACAGAAUGAUGGCAACUCUGAAUUACAAAAUAGAGAAAUCAGUGGAACUAAAGAAUUGGAUAUAAAUGUAGAUACAACAGUUUCAGAUUCAUGUAAUUAUGAUGGAAAAGAAAAUUUAAAGGAUGUAAAGAUCUCUAAUCUGUUAGAACCAGUUGUUGAUUUGAACAUGCCAUCUGCCUUGACUCAACAAAGUUCCAAAACGCUUGAUGCCAAAGAUAACCCACAGCACAAGAACCAGCCGUGUAAAUUAGUAAAAGCUGAUGGCUGUGUGGGAAAAGAGGAGGUACAUGUGGCUGUCAUCGCUGCCACAGAAUGUUUAAAAGAAAGAGGCAGCCCAAGUGCUUUGGCUUGCAGUCUUCCAAAGAAUGAAGGUUUAUGUUUAGAUGGUUCAAAUUCAAGAGACAAAAAUGUCCAAUUACCUGACUUCUCUCAAGAAGAUAGGACUGCUGUAUUUAUAAAACAAUCUGCAAACGAAGACUCAAAUUUAGAUCUUAAAGAUAAAGAUGUAAUCCAAGAUUUCCCUUCGACUUUACAUGCUUCAAGUGAAGGUACACACUCCUCACUGUCCUCUCUUCCAGUGCCUGGGUCUUUGUGUGGGUCAUCAAACGAAAGUAAAGUGCAUGGUGAUAAUUUACCUCAGAAUGAACAUAAAGAUAAUAUGCAAGAAGCAGUGACUGUGCAUGAAGAAAUACAGAAGAGUGAUAUUCUAAGUGCGGAACCAUUGAAGGAGACUGAUCUUUUGAAACAGGAAAAAUGUAAAAGCAUAAUUCUUCAGCCAUUAAUUGAAAAGAUAGGAGAUAGAAAGGUAGAUCUUGACCAGACGGUAAUCAGAGUUGACUCUUUGGAUUAUUCUGAUAACACUAUUUCUUCUACAGUUGCAGAAUCUCAAGUGGAGCUUUCUGGUGCUAAUGCUCCAGAGUCUCUGGAUCAUUAUGAAAGUCACACUUUUUCAAGCAAUGAUGUGGAUGGGCAAGACUUAGAUUACUUUAAUAUUGAUGAAGGCAUAAAAAGUGGCACACUAGUUAGUGAUGCCGAACUUGAUGCCUUUCUGAGUGAACAGUAUCUUCAGACCAGUAACGUAGAGUCAUUUGAAGAAAAUGUAAAUGACUCAAAAUCUGAAAUGAAUCAGAUAGAUCUGAAAGGCCUGGAUGAUGAAGCAGGAGCUACUGGGGAAAGUCCUGGUGUUAAUAUGAUUUGUGAAACAGUUGAUAAACAAAAUACAAAAGACAACGGUGGCCUUUCUUUAGGGGAAAAAUGUACAAUUCCAAUCGAACAAGCGUUACCUAGCAGUAAGUCUGAGAUUACAAAUGAAUUAUCAGUCUCUGAUAUUAACAGUCAAUCUGUUCAUGUUGGAGGAGCCAGACCUAAGCAGUUGUUUAACGUUCCAUCAAGAACAAGGAGUUCAAAGGAACCAAAUAAGCUGGAUGUUCCAGAUAUGCCUGAAAGUGACCCCAGCGUAACAAAUACCAUUGAUCGAAAUACUUGUACUACAGAUUCUACAACGGAUCCUCAGGUUAGCUUCAACUCUAAUUACAUUGAUAUAGAAAGUAAUUUUGAAGGUGGAUCCAGUCUUCUAACUACAAAUGAAGAAUCUUUAUCUGCAAACACUUGCAAAGAAAGCCUGGUUUUGGGCCAGAAACAACCUACUUGGAUUCCUGAUUCAGAAGCUCCCAACUGUAUGAAUUGCCAAGUCAAAUUUACUUUUACAAAACGGCGGCACCACUGCCGAGCAUGUGGGAAAGUAUUUUGUGGUGUCUGUUGUAAUAGAAAGUGUAAACUACAGUAUCUAGAAAAGGAAGCAAGAGUAUGUGUCGUCUGCUAUGAGACUAUUAGUAAAGCUCAUGCAUUUGAAAGGAUGAUGAGCCCAACUAGUUCUAAUCUUAAAGCUAAUCAUUCUGAUGAAUGUGCCACGAUCCAGCCUCUUCAGGAGACCCAAACAUCCACCAUACCUUCACCCACAACGUUACCAAUCUCAGCACUUAAACAAUCAAAUGUUGAAGGAUUAUGCUCCAAAGAACAGAAGAGAGUAUGGUUUGCAGAUGGUAUAUUGCCUAAUGGUGAAGUUGCAGAUACAGCAAAAUUAUCAUCUGGAAGUAAAAGAUGUUCUGAAGACUUUCUGAGUCCUCUCUUACCAGAUCUGCCCUUGAUGGUAAACACAGUGGAUCAUGCUCAUUCUACCACAGUGGAACAGCCAAACAAUGAAAUAGGAGAUAUUACAAGAAACGAGAUCAUUCAGAGUCCUAUUUCUCAGGUUCCAUCGGUAGAAAAACUGCCCAUCAGCACAGGAACUGAGGUGUUACCCACUUCUGGUUCCUUUCCACUAGAUGAUGAUGUUUUUGCAGAAAUUGCGGAGCCAUCUGAUCCUACUAGUGUCUUAGUUAACAGCAAUUUACCUGUCACUAGUACUUCAAGUUAUAGGUUAUUGUGUGGCAUUGACAAGAAUGUUUGCAAUAAGAUUAGUCUUCUACCUGAUGAUGAGGACAGCUUGCCCCCUCUUCUGGUUGCAUCUGGAGAAAAAGGAUCAGUGCCUGUAGUAGAAGAACAUCCAUCUCAUGAGCAGAUCAUUUUGCUUCUUGAAGGCGAAGGUUUUCACCCUGUUACAUUUGUCCUAAAUGCUAAUCUACUUGUGAAUGUCAAGUUAGUAUUUUAUUCCUCAGACAAAUAUUGGUACUUCUCAACCAAUGGAUUGCAUGGCUUGGGACAGGCAGAAAUUAUUAUUCUAUUGUUAUGUUUGCCAAAUGAAGAUACUAUUCCUAAGGACAUCUUCAGACUAUUUAUCUCCAUAUAUAAGGAUGCUCUAAAAGGAAAAUACAUAGAAAACUUGGACAAUAUUACCUUUACUGAGAGUUUCCUCAGUAGCAAGGACCACGGAGGAUUUCUGUUUAUUACACCUACUUUUCAGAAACUUGAUGAUCUCCCAUUACCUAGUAAUCCUUUUCUUUGUGGAAUUCUUAUCCAGAAGCUAGAGAUUCCCUGGGCAAAGGUUUUUCCUAUGCGUUUAAUGUUGAGAUUGGGUGCAGAAUAUAAAGCAUACCCUGCUCCUCUAACAAGUAUCAGAGGCCGAAAACCUCUCUUUGGAGAAAUAGGACACACUAUCAUGAACUUACUUGUUGACCUUCGAAAUUACCAGUAUACCUUGCAUAACAUAGAUCAGCUGUUGAUUCAUAUGGAAAUGGGGAAAAGCUGCAUAAAAAUACCUCGGAAAAAAUACAGCGAUGUAAUGAAAGUAAUAAGUUCUUCUAAUGAGCAUGUCAUUAGUAUUGGAGCUAGUUUUAGUACAGAAGCAGAUUCUCAUCUAGUCUGUGUACAGAAUGACGGAGUUUAUCAAACACAGGCCAACAGUGCCACUGGCCAUCCUAGAAAAGUGACAGGUGCAAGUUUUGUGGUAUUCAAUGGAGCUCUAAAAACAUCUUCAGGAUUUCUUGCUAAGUCCAGCAUCGUUGAAGAUGGCUUGAUGGUGCAAAUAACUCCAGAGACCAUGGAUGGCUUGCGGCUAGCUCUCCGAGAACAAAAAGACUUUAAAAUUACAUGUGGGAAAGUUGAUGCUGUAGACCUGAGAGAAUAUGUGGAUAUCUGCUGGGUAGAUUCUGAAGAAAAAGGAAACAAAGGUGUUAUUAGUUCCGUGGAUGGAAUAUCAUUACAAGGAUUUCCAAGUGAAAAAAUAAAACUGGAAGCCGAUUUUGAAAUUGAUGACAAGAUUGUAAAGUGUACUGAGGUGUUCUACUUUCUAAAGGACCAGGAUUUAUCUAUUUCAGCAACUCAUUAUCAGUUUGCAAAAGAAAUAGCCAUGGCUUGUAGUGCUGCACUGAGCCCUCACUUGAAAACUCUAAAGAAUAAUGGGAUGAAUAAAAUUGGCCUCAGAGUUUCCAUUGACACUGAUAUGGUUGAAUUUCAGGCAGGAUCUGAAGGCCAACUUCUUCCUCAGCAUUAUCUAAAUGAUCUUGAUAGUGCUCUAAUUCCUGUGAUCCAUGGUGGCACCUCCAACUCUACUAGUUUACCAUUAGAAAUAGAAUUAGUAUUUUUCAUUAUAGAAAAUCUUUUUUAGUGAAAAGAUUUCAGUGAGUCAUAUUAUAUAUUGCAAACUGAUUUAUUAAAACUAAUUCCAGCACUAAACCUGAAAUGCCACAAACACUAAAAGUAAAUAUGUUUGACGUUUGAAACACAUAAGCUUUGCUUUUUAGGCAGGAAUGACCUUUUUAAAUCAUUAGCACAAUUUCAAUCUCUAAAAAUUUAAGAGAUCCAGUUUUUGAAACUUUCCACUUAAUACAAAUACUAACCAGACAAGGAUUUCUUCUCUCUUUAAGAAAUUUGUAGCAUUUACGGUGUUAUUUAAAUGCUAUGCCAAAGUAUCUGUUCUUAGGUAUACCUCUUUAUGCCAAGAUGGAUUUUAAUGAAGGCUCUUUUCAGAUGUAACCUUGUUUGUAAUGGCAUUAUCUGUUUUCUGUAUAUGCCAGUUAGAUUACUGGUUUCUAAAGUCUUAAAAAUGUAUUUCAAUGGCACAGACCAGUUUCUAGAUCUUAGACUUAAUAUGAUAAUUCUUUAAACAAGGCAGAUAACUUAUUUGUAUAAUUGGAGUG